GACACCAAGGCCAUGAUGAACGCAGAAGAUACACGUGGAGGCAAAGCCAGCCCAGACCCUCAGGACUUGAGGCGAAGCGUGUUCUAUAGCAUCAAGUUCUUCGUCCUGUGUCACAGCCUGCUGCAGCUAGCACAGCUCAUGAUCUCCGGCUACCUCAAGAGCUCCAUCUCCACAGUGGAGAAGCGCUUUGGCCUCUCCAGUCAGACCUCAGGGCUCCUGGCUGCCUUCAACGAGGUGGGGAACACAGCCCUGAUUGUGUUUGUGAGCUACUUUGGCAGCCGGGUACACCGGCCCCGACUCAUCGGCUACGGGGCUGUCCUUGUGGCCCUGGCAGGCCUGCUCAUGAGUCUCCCACACUUCAUCUCGGAGCCAUACCGCUACGACCGUAUUAGCUCCGUGGACAUGCCACAGGAUUUUGAGGCUUCUCUGUGCCAGCCCACAACCUCGGUCCCAGCCCCAACCCCAGCCCCCUCCAACAGCAGCUGCUCAAGCUACACGGAGGCCCAGCACCUGGCUGUGGUGGGGAUAAUGUUCACGGCCCAGACCCUGCUUGGCGUGGGCGCGGUGCCCAUUCAGCCCUUCGGCAUCUCCUACAUCGAUGACUUUGCCCACAACAGCAACUCGCCUCUCUACCUUGGGAUCCUGUUUGCAGUAACCAUGAUAGGGCCAGGCUUGGCUUAUGGGCUGGGCGGCCUCAUGCUGCGCCUUUAUGUAGACAUCGACCGGAUGCCAGAAGGUGGUAUCAGCCUGACCUCGAAGGACCCCCGAUGGGUGGGGGCCUGGUGGCUGGGCUUCCUCGUCUCCGCUGGUGCAGUGGCCCUGGCUGCCGUGCCCUACUUCUUCUUCCCCAAGGAGAUGCCCAAGGAGAAGCACGAGCUCCGCUUUCGGCGAAGGGCCUUGGCAGCCGCAGCCUCACCUGUCAGCAAAGGUGAAGAUUCUCCCUCUGAGCAGAGCCCGGGGGAGUCCCAGGAGAAGCAGAAUAGCCUCACCCAGAUUGCACCAGACCUGACAGUGAUCCAGUUCAUCAAAGUGUUCCCCAGGGUGCUGCUGCGGACCCUGCGCCACCCCAUCUUCCUGCUGGUGGUCCUGUCCCAGGUGUGCAUGUCGUCCACGGUGGCAGGCAUGGCCACCUUCCUGCCCAAGUUCCUGGAGCGCCAGUUUUCCGUCACAGCGUCCUACGCCAACCUGCUCAUAGGCUGCCUCAGCAUCCCAUCGGCCAUCGUGGGCAUUGUGGUCGGGGGCAUCCUGGUCAAGCGCUUCCACCUGGGCCCUGUGCGUUGUGGCGCCCUUUGCCUGCUGGGGGCGCUGUUCGGCCUACUUCUCAGCCUGCCCCUCUUCUUCAUGGGCUGCUCUACCCACCAGAUUGCAGGCAUCACCCGCCAGCCUGGCAACCUGCCUGGACCGGACCUGUUUCCAGCCUGCACAGAGCCUUGCUCCUGCCCAUUGGACGACUUUAACCCUGUCUGUGACCCCAGAACCCAUGUUGAAUACCUCACACCCUGCCAGGCAGGCUGCACAGGCUGGCUGGUCCAGGAAGCUCUGGACAAAAGUCAGGUUUUCUACACCAACUGCAGCUGCGUAGUGGGGGGCGGCCCUGUGCCGGCGGGCUCCUGCGACUCAGCCUGCAGCCACCUGGUGCUGCCCUUCAUGCUCCUGGUCAGCCUGGGUGCGGCCCUGGCCAGUCUCACCCACACACCUUCCUUCAUACUCAUCUUAAGGGGAGUGAAGAAAGAAGACAAGACUCUAGCCGUGGGAAUCCAGUUCAUGCUCCUGAGAGUUUUGGCCUGGAUGCCCAGCCCGGUGCUCCACGGCAGCGCCAUCGACACGACCUGCGUGCACUGGGCCCAGAGCUGUGGGCGUCGGGCCGUCUGCCGCUACUAUGACCACGACCUGCUCCGAAACCGGUUCGUUGGCCUCCAGUUCUUCUUCAAGACGGGCUCCCUGGCCUGCUUUGCCUUGAUUUUGGUCAUCCUAAGGCAGCAAGACAAAGAGGAGGGGACCCAGGUGAACGUCUCCCCAUCUGGCCUACAGCAGCAGCUGUUGGCAUCGGGGCCAGGAAAGAAGCCUGAGGAAUCCAGAGUGUGAGCUGGCCCCAGAGGGGCAGGAGUACCUCCUCUGGACCCUUUGUCCAAUCUUGGGUGUCAGGAACCCUGUUUUCCAAUUCUGGCUUCUCUGCUAACUUGCUCUGUGACUUCGGGCAAGUCACUGACCCUCUCUGGGCCUCUGUUACUCAUCUGAACCAAAGAGUUGUCUAGGGGUUUGGUGUGUUGGCCACGUCUAAAGCACGGUGGUCCUCCCCCUUGCUCCCCCAGCCACACGGGCUGACCUGAAACCAGGCUUUCCUGGUGGAAGGACUGUGUAUCUUUCCCCCAGGCCCUAGAAUAGAGAAGUAGACAAUAGUAGGCCAGGCUGCCUUACACACCUGGUCCUAGCCCAGCUCUGGCACUCACCUGGAGCACCCUACCCUCUCUGGGCCUCAGCCACCAUCUUUGACAGGUGGAAGUGGACUUGGGGGCUUGUAGGCCCCUUCUGGCUAUGACCGUCUGUGUGGUCAGGAUGGACUCAGGUCUCCUCCCCAGCCCCACUCAGCCUGGAGGUGGGGCCAGGACAGCCUGUCAAGAAAUAUCCAUUUGGCGCCCCCUGGAGGCAGAGCCCUGAGCUCUGGGGUGGGCCCACUGGGGAGGAAGCUGGCCUCACAGAACAUUCAGGUGGGCCAGGGCCUUCAGCAAACUUGGUGUGAGGGCCCCUGGGCCACUUAGCUGAGGUGGGAGGAUCUCUCUGUAGACUCCGGAAAGUCCAGUCCUUGCCCUCAGGGAGCCACAGUCUAGGCGAGGCCUGGUCUCUGCCUUAGGGGCUCCAGUGAGGAGGGAGAUUCAGGCCCCACACUUGGGCAUUUUCUGACUUCAGAGACCAAACACACUCAGCACACAUUCACUGGUACUUAACGCCACCAUAACUUCACACAUUUGGCCAGGGCCCACCAAAAUCGCUGUGACCCUUCUUGAUGAAAAUCCAAAUUUCACCAUUUCCUUCCCGGUGCCUGAAUCUGUGCCGCCUAGCGCUCCGUAGAUAACGUCUGGUUCUGCGAUAACCACGUUUUGGGGGCAACGUCUGGUUCUCUCUGAUGCCUGAGUUGGUGUAAGGACCUGUUCUUUGUAAGGCCAAGGCCUAUAAUGUCCGCUGUGUGUAAGGAGUGGGUCUGUGGAAUGCUUGGAUCUGAACCACCUGGUCCUUCAGUGGGCCUUGUCUUGUUCUAUGGCUGGUCUUCUCCAGCCUGGUUAUCCCCCAUCCUCCCCCCCCUCGCGCCAACCCCAGGAAGGGGAGAGAGUUUCCUCAUCUACUCCAGCCCAUUCUGUUGCCACCUGACCUGACCUGACUGAGAACUGCUUGGGCGGCAGGAGACAGCUGUCAGCAGCGGCUUCCCAAGCCCUGUGACCAGCCCUGUGCUGGAGGCAGGGGAGAAGCUGGGGGGCAAGCGGGGGGCAGUGGGGACAUGUGUGGCUCUGGCCCUCCGAACAGCUCCUGUGGCAGGACUUUGAGGCUCUCCCACGCGAAAGAAGAGGAAGAAGAAGGUACAGAAAUUCGAACUCCCAUUUUGAUUCUACUGGUUGACACCUUGAAUGUUUAAUAAAUAUCUGAGCCUGUAUUUAUCAAUGCCAAGAAUUUCAAGGUUUCUUCCAACAAGAUGAGGCCGUUCACGUGUGUAUAUUCCCCCUCCUUCCCUCCUGUUCCCCAGGUUUUGCAGAAAUAAUCUGGAAUUAUAGACACAGCUUAUUAUUAAAUUUGUUCUUGCAUCA